CACUCUCCAACUCCCCAUCUCAAUGGCCACCAUCAUCCACCUCUCUCCGAUUCAAACUCCGCCGCCGUCUCCUCGCUUAUUUUCUUCCCAAACUACCCUUCACCUCUCACUCAAUUUACACCCCAAGCCCCUCUCCUUUCCCUCCAUUUCUCUCCGGCCCUACGCUCCGGCCAAGCCUCGCGCUCUGGUCGUCACUUCGGCUGUCAAGAGCCUAUCGGAGACUGAGCUAGUCCCAGUGGACGGUGAGGAAGUCGCCGGAAAAUUGCCGUCGGAGACCGGCGUCUACGCCGUUUUUGACCAGAACGGUGAGCUUCAGUUCGUCGGCUUAUCGAGAAACAUAGCCGCGAGUAUUCUUGUUCACCGGAAAUCGGUGCCGGAGCUAUGCCACUCCGUCAAGGUUGGGAUAGUGGAUGAACCAGAUAGGACGGUUCUGACGGAAGCUUGGAAAUCAUGGAUGGAAGAACACAUAAAAGCUACUGGGAAAGUGCCUCCAGGUAAUGAAUCAGGCAAUGCCACCUGGGUGCGGCAGGCACCUAAGAAGAAGAAGCCUGAUCUGCGGCUGACACCAGGUCGUCACAUGCAGUUGACAGUUCCGUUGGAGCAACUUGUGGAUCGGUUGGUGAAGGAGAACAAGGUUGUGGCAUUUAUCAAGGGUUCAAGAAGUGCCCCGUUGUGUGGUUUCUCGCAGAGAGUUAUUGGCAUUCUUGAAAACCAAGGGGUAGAUUAUGAGAGUGUUGAUGUGCUUGAUGAAGAGUAUAACUCUGGAUUGAGGGAGACUUUGAAGAGCUAUAGCAAUUGGCCUACUUUCCCGCAAAUAUUUGUAAACGGAGAACUGGUUGGGGGAUGUGAUAUUCUAACAUCCAUGCACGAAAAGGGCGAGCUUGCUAGCUUGUUUAAGAAGUGAUUGGCAGCCAAGUUUUGGUCUCUAUGUAGAUGGGAUGUGAGCGUGAAACUGUACUAGGUAGGCAAUUCAUGUAUCAAGUCAUUAGUUCUAUGCAGCAUAUUUAGGCCUGUACUCCAUAAGCUGCAUCUAUUUAGAGAAAAAACUUUAGUGGAAAACAUUAAUAAUAUAAUAUUGAUUGAGCUGGAUUAUGAAGUUGUC